AUGGUGCGAACAAAACAGCCUCCCCGCGGGCCCUCUAAGCCCGUCGUCCCUAAAACCCAGCGUCCGCUCAACGGGCUCUUCGUGCUCGCCUUCGCGGGCCUAUUCGCCCUAUCUACGUGGCUGAUGCGCGUGGAGACCGUCGUAAAGGGCGUACCUGUAGACUUCCACGUCGUCCUAGAGGAGGGCCGUUUCGGCAAUGGCAUCCCCGUCGAGACUAGCUACACGGGCAUCAAGGCUGUCGACGAGAUCGCCAAGUUCCUCGUCAUUGCGUUCCUCGAGGGCACCGCGGGCUGGGAUGUCGGUGUGCAUGCCCAGCAGGCGUAUUUUGCUAGAAUGCUAAUUGGCGCCGCCGUAAUCGCGCCCCUGUACUACUUAGCAUACGUGGUGGCGUCUCGGAAGGAUGGAUACUACUUCCAGGGCCGAGAGUUAUCCACUGGCCAUGCGGCGUCGCUGCUCCCGGCUCUUAUCAUUGGAUACCUUAUCCCAACGAUCGCAAUGUGCUACCCAUGGGGCGACGUCAAGACGGCGCAGUACCUGACGGCAUUCUGGCAGCCCGCCCCUAUUUUCGCCAGCGUGCUAGUCUCGAUUUUCUCUUUCCUGGUACCUUCAUCGCCAACCUCGGUCGCCAAGAAUGGUGAUGUUAAGCACCUCAAGCGGGUAUACCUGAUCACCGGGCUUGUAACGACAGUUGCGCACGUUGGCACACUUUACGCCUGUCUCACAUCGGACGAUCCGAGGCUUUCGCUUAGCUAUGUGUUCCUGCCGAAUAGAGCUACCUGGAAAGACAGCAUGGGCUUGGGACUGCACUACAUCUUUCAGGUCGACUUCUUCGGUGCAUUCGGUUCCACGCUGUUCUGGUGUUGGCUAGCCGUUUACGAUGUUCUGCGGAUGACUUGGGAAACCUACUGCGAUAGACUUAAUUAA